AUGACUCAAGCUGCAUGGUGUGAAACUCGAGUUCUUUCAAGCAAACAGAGAUCAGAAAGGCGAACGUCUCGGUGAAAGAUGGAGCUGGCGUGGACGAAGUUGUGCGACGCUGUCGUCAAAGAGCUCGACGUGUCGACGAGCGACGGCCUAACGGACGAGGAAGUGGAGAAGAGACGAGCACGACACGGAUGGAACGAGUUACCAGCAGACGAAGGCAAGCUGCUCUGGCAGCUCAUUCUCGACCAAUUCGACGAUCUGCUGGUCCGGAUAUUACUCCUAGCGGCGAUGAUCUCGUUUGCUCUGGCGUGGUUCGAAGAGGGCGAAGGCCAGACGACGGCGUUUGUCGAGCCAUUCGUUAUUCUCUUGAUUCUCAUCGCGAACGCGAUCGUAGGAGUUUGGCAGGAGCGAAAUGCCGAGAAUGCGAUCGAGGCGCUGAAAGAGUACGAGCCGGAGAUGGCGAAGGCGGUGAGACAGGGAAAGAAAGGCGUGCAGCAGAUCAAGGCGAAGGAAUUAGUGCCCGGAGACAUCGUCGAGGUGGCAGUUGGUGACAAAGUGCCCGCUGACAUUCGACUAUUGGAGAUCAAGUCGACGACGUUAAGAGUUGACCAGUCUAUUCUAACAGGAGAAAGUGUCAGCGUAAUUAAACACACUGAUGCAGUUCCCGAUGCUCAAGCUGUCAACCAAGACAAGCAGAAUAUGUUGUUUUCAGGCACAAAUAUAGCAUCUGGGAAGGCAGUAGGAGUUGUCACAGGAACAGGCGUUCGGACGGAAAUUGGGAAGAUUAGAGAUCAAAUGGUCAACACAGACAAUGAAAAAACGCCUCUUCAACAAAAACUAGAUGAGUUUGGAGAGCAGCUGUCAAAGGUUAUCAUGGUAAUAUGCAUUCUUGUAUGGCUAAUCAACAUCAACCACUUUGCAGAUCCCUCUCACGGUGGUUCAUGGAUAAAAGGUGCUGUAUAUUACUUCAAGAUUGCUGUAGCUCUUGCUGUUGCUGCUAUUCCGGAAGGUUUGCCUGCCGUUAUUACUACCUGCCUUGCUCUUGGUACACGGCGUAUGGCCAAGAAGAAUGCCAUUGUGAGGAGUUUGCCGUCUGUGGAGACUCUCGGUUGUACAACUGUCAUCUGCUCUGACAAAACAGGAACACUGACUACAAACAAAAUGUCUGUCAGCAAGUUUUUUAGUGUAAGUGAGGUUGUUGAUAACAAGCCCACAUUUUUGGAGUUGUGUGCUACUGGAUCUACAUAUGAACCACUGGGUGACAUAAUGAAGGAUGGCAAAGUCGUCGACUUGUGUCAGUAUCGUGACAAACUAACAGAGCUUGCAAUGAUAUGUGCUAUGUGUAAUGACUCCAGCUUAGAUUACAAUCAGGCUCGUGGAUCGUUUGAGAAAGUUGGGGAAGCAACCGAAGCCGCUCUUAUUACACUUGUGGAAAAGCUAAAUCUCACCGGUGUAGACAAAUCAGCAUUAUCCAAAAUGCAGCUAUGUAAUGCAUGUAGUGAGGAUGUGGCGAAGGGUGUGACAAAGUCUUUUACACUGGAGUUUUCUCGUGAUCGAAAGUCAAUGAGUGUGUAUGUGGAAUCAACAGAUAGCUCAAGAGCUGGACCUAAGAUGUUUGUCAAGGGAGCACCGGAAAGCAUUCUUGACAGAUGUUCGUUUGUUCGAGUCAGUGGCACUCGGAAGGUGCCUAUCACGGACCAGUUGAAAGAAAAGAUCAUGGAGCUUGUAAAACGCUACGGCACUGGUUCUGAAACUCUUCGUUGCUUGGCUCUGGCUACUGUGGACGAACCUGUCAGUAAGUCUGACAUGGACCUCACAAAAUCAGAUAAAUUUAUGGAGUAUGAGUGUGGGAUGACAUUUGUCGGCCUUGUUGGCAUGCUGGAUCCACCACGUGAAGAGGUAAAGGAUGCGAUAGUGAGAUGCAAGAGAGCAGGAAUUAGAGUAAUCGUUAUCACUGGAGAUAACAAGGCUACAGCUGAAGCAAUCUGUCGGAGGAUUGGCAUAUUUCAAGAGAGUGAAGAUGUCACUGGACUGUCGUAUUCUGGCAAAGAAUUUGAUGCUUUGAGUAAAGACGAACAACGAGAGGCGUGUAAAAGUGCAAGGCUAUUUUCUCGAGUGGACCCAGCACACAAGAGUAGAAUUGUGGAGUACUUACAAGAGCAAGGGCACAUCUCGGCUAUGACUGGUGACGGAGUGAACGAUGCUCCUGCUUUAAAGAAAGCUGAGAUUGGUGUAGCAAUGGGAUCAGGAACUGCUGUAGCCAAGACUGCAUCCAAGAUGGUGUUGGCUGAUGACAACUUUUCAACUAUCGUUGCUGCUGUAGAAGAGGGCAGAGCUAUUUAUAAUAAUACUAAACAGUUUAUUCGAUAUUUAAUAUCUUCAAACAUUGGAGAAGUGGCUUGUAUUUUUCUAACAGCUGCUCUUGGCAUGCCAGAGUGUCUCAUUCCUGUACAGUUACUGUGGGUAAAUUUGGUCACAGAUGGUCUUCCCGCUACUGCACUUGGUUUCAACCCUCCUGACCUUGACGUCAUGGACAAACCUCCACGUAGUGCCAAGACCUCUCUUAUCAGUGGAUGGCUGCUGUUUAGAUAUCUUGCCAUAGGAAUAUACGUUGGUAUUGCUACUGUUGGUGCUGCGGCAUGGUGGUUUCUGUUUUAUGCCGACGGACCUCAAGUCUCAUUCUAUCAGUUGAUACACCACAUGCAGUGUAAAACAGACGCAGCCGCUUUUGGCAACAUUGAGUGUAGCAUUUUCGACAAUGCUUACCCAAUGACCAUGGCUUUGUCAGUUUUGGUCACGAUCGAAAUGCUCAACGCUCUAAACAGUUUAAGUGAGAAUCAGAGUUUGCUGGUGAUGCCACCGUGGCGUAACAUGUGGUUGUUGUACGCCAUUGUUCUCUCGUUCUUUCUGCACUGUGUCAUUCUCUACACUCCAUUCAUGGCUAGUGUAUUUCAAGUAGCACCGUUGAACUUGGAGCAGUGGAUGGCCGUUUUCAAGUUCUCUAUUCCAGUCAUACUCCUGGAUGAGUUUCUAAAGUUUUGCUCUCGGCAAUCAUCAAGUCAAGUUAAAUCGAAAGAAGAUUGAUGACAUCCAUCCUAGUAGGAGUUUAAAACACACGCCAUCAUCUUCAAUGACUAUUGAUGUAUUCGAUAGAUGUAGGCAGUGAUGAUAGUCUCAGGUUAUGGGUGUGGGAGGUAGCUCAUUGAAUACUGUGGUCACUAAGUGUGAGAAGGCACGGAUAUUAUUUGUAUGUUAGAGUAUACGUACAUUGAGGACAUGCAGCAUUGGCCACUGUGCUUUGUACAUGUACAUUAUUGUAUGCUCGGUGCAUGUCUCUUAUUAGUAGUACAGUACGUAAUGUCUUGA